AUGUCUGAUUAUUCAGCCAUCAUAGGGCUUGAAAGCCAUGGCUAUGGGGCGAUGCCUAGGGUUGAAGAGACGCUCGCGGGCUAUCUCUCGCCUGCAUCGCCCGCAUGGAGGAGACCUGCCCUUCCCUCCAAGCCCUGUAGGACCACCUCAGCCCUUGUAGGUAAGGCUUAUACAGCGGCAGGCCAGGCAGGUGCGGCUCUGCACACCAUGGCCGUUUUGCAGGCCUACCAGGCUGACCUGCUGGCAGAGCUUGAUGGGAGGGAGGAAUUGGGACCUCAGGCGAUAUCUGAGCUCCGCCGGGCCACUGACCUUGCACUCCGUGCCACGAAGCAGACGGCCCGCUCCAUAGGCCGUUCAAUGGCUGCGCUAGUUGCCACGGAGAGGCACCUGUGGCUUAAUUUAACCGGCAUAAAGGACAAGGAUAAGUCCUUUCUCCUGGACGCCCCGGUGUCGCCCCUGGGUUUGUUUGGCGACGCAGUGAAUACUGUCGUCGACAGACACCAGGAGGUGAAACGCCAAUCGGCGGCAUUCAGGGAGUUUCUCCCUCGCCGCGGCGAGCAGCCUGGGCCUUCAUCUAGCCACUCCCUGCCCCCUUCUAGACUAGGGAGGCCGGUCAGCGUACCCGGGCCCAGACCCGUCAGGGGAGAGGGGACCUUAGGUCCGUUAUUUCAGCCAGGCGAGCCCCAAAGGAGUCCUGAUGCCCGUGGGCGGGGGCUCCUGGGGGCAUCCUAUUCAGGAACGCCCCCCCUACUGCCUGCCCCGCCGUCUUUGUCGUUUCGGGGGGCAGUGGGGCCUGUCUCGGCUCCCCGUUUGUGUACGGAUCUUCCCGGGUUAGCGCCUGCCAGUGUGCUGUUUCAGGGCACCCGGGAGGUCUGCGCGAGGCUGUUGCCUCUGUCAGGCAGCCUGGCAGCGUGGAAACUUCUGCCAGGGGUGUCGCAGUGGGUCCUGGACACUGUAGAAAGAGGGUACAGGAUCCAGUUUUCCUCCCGCCCCCCGGGCUUCCAGGGCAUGUUGCCCACGAUCGUGGGUGGGCACCAGGCGGUGUUCCUCCAAGAGGAACUCUGCUCGCUUCUGGAGAAAGGGGCCAUAGAGCAUGUUCCCCUCCCAGAGCAGGACUCCGGCUUUUACAGCCGAUAUUUUGUUGUUCCCAAGAAGGACGGGGGGCUGCGUCCGAUUUUGGACCUGCGGGCUCUGAACUGUACUCUGAGGACCUACAAGUUCAAGAUGCUCACGCUCAAGGUGAUCGUGUCCCAGAUCAGAUCCGAGGACUGGUUUGUGACGAUCGACCUCAAAGAUGCUUAUUUUCACAUAAGCAUUCUGCCAGAACACAGGAAGUUCCUCAGGUUCGCUUUCGGGGGCGAAGCGUACCAGUAUCGUGUCCUUCCUUUUGGCCUAGCCCUUUCACCCCGUACGUUUACGAAGUGCAUGGAUGCUGCCCUGGCACCGUUGCGUCUCCAGGGCAUCCGUGUACUGAAUUACCUCGACGACUGGCUCAUUCUGGCCCAGUCCGAGGCUAUGGCAGCCAGUCAUCGAGAUGCUGUGCUUGCCCACAUGAGGUCCUUAGGCCUCAGGCUGAACCCAGGAAAGUGUGUGCUUGCUCCCUCUCAGAGAACCACCUUUCUGGGGGUAGUUUGGGAUUCCACCACGAUGCGGGCACAUCUGUCUCCCGCUCGGGUGGCCUCCAUCUUGGCAGCAGUGAAAGCUAUUCGGCUGGGCCGCGGCCUCUCUGUCGCCGAGGCACAGAGGUUCUGGCUCAGGGGUGCGGGCUUUCAUCCUCGCAGACGUCCCCUCAGGGUUAUACGGGUUACGCGCCGUGGGCUUCGUACCCUUCUUCUGUGGAAAAGACCCCGGUUCUUGGCCUUGGGUCCCAUUCUAGGGGCGUGUCACCGUCGCAGGACUCUUUCGACGGACGCCUCGCUCUCGGGCUGGGGCGCGGCUUUAGAUGGCCGCCCGGCCCAGGGUCUAUGGGAGGGCCCCUGUCUCUCGUGGCACAUAAAUUGCCUGGAGAUGAGGGCUGUGUUUCUAGCGUUGAAACACUUUCUCCCACACCUCAAGGGCUGCCAUGUCCUGGUGCGGACAGACAGCACCGCGGUGGUGUCCUAUAUCAAUCAUCAGGGCGGUCUGCGUUCACGCCCCCUGUUCAGGUUGGCGCGGCAGAUUCUGCUCUGGGCAGAGACCAGGUUUCUUUCGCUGAGAGCGGUUUUUAUCCCAGGGCGUGUGAAUCGGGAGGCAGACUUCCUGUCGAGGCAGGUGCUGAGGCCCGGGGAGUGGCGGCUUCACCCCCAUGUGGUGGAGCGAAUCUGGCGGAUUUUCGGCCGGGCGGAAGUGGAUUUGUUCGCCUCCGAGGAGUCGACCCACUGUCCGCUGUGGUUCUCCCUCUCUCAUCCGGCCCCGUUGGGCCUGGAUGCCCUGGUAUGGACGUGGCCGAGGCUCCGUCUGUACGCCUUUCCCCCGGUAGCUCUGCUCCCGCAAGUCCUAGCCAGAGUGCGCCACGACCAGGUCAACCUUCUCCUAGUUGCCCCUCGUUGGCCCUCUCGAGUAUGGUUCACGGACCUAGUCUCCCUCCUGAACGGCACUCCAUGGGAGGUUCCCGUCAGGAGGGAUCUCCUCUCUCAGGCGCAGGGGGCAAUUCUUCACCCCCGCCCCGAGAUGUGGAAGCUUUGGGUCUGGCCCCUGAGGGGGACCAGCUCCUAGACGCAGGCCUCUCGACUGAGGUGACAGAGACUCUGCUGAAUGCUAGGGCUCCCUC